AUGGGCCCCUAUAUACCGCCUCCUCAUGCUGCUGCCAGGCCCCUAAUCUGCCAUGGGCCCCCCUAUACCGCCUCCUCAUGCUGCUGCCAGGCCCCUAAUCUGCCAUGGGCCCCUAUACCGCCUCCUCAUGCUGCUGCCAGGUCCAGAGUCUCUCAUGGGUCCCUGUACGGCCUCCCAUUGCUGCUGUCUCCAUCGCCACACUCUGCCAUGUGCCACUUUCAGGUCUCCUCACACUCCUGCUGGUUUCCAUUUUGUCAUAGGUUGCUGUAUGGCCUCCCAUUGCUGCUGCCUCCACCGCCACACUGUGGCUCCAAACACUGGUUUUGGCCCCGUGACUGGCCAAAUGAGUGAAGUGUGCGGUGAUUCUAAGAUCGACGGCACUCAUCUGCAUGUCAUACUGAGUGACAGUAUUAUUUCUCUUCCCCAGCAGACUCCAAGGGCAUUUAAAUUAAAGGUACAGUGUUCUGCACUAAUAUUA